UGUCCAGCCCACUUGUUUUACAGACAGGGAAACGGAGGCCCCACAAGGUCACUGACCAGUUCAAGGUCACAGGGACUCAAGUCUGCAGGAGAUGAGGCUGGGAACUGCAUCCCAGAUGUGGCAGGAGCACCGUCUUAGGGGACUUGCUCAAUAGCCAGCAAGACCCCCUCCAAGGCCGGUGGCACUGCCUCCAGGUCAGAAGGCCACGCCCUCCGGGGCCCACAUUCCUGGCCCAGGGUGCUUCCUAUUCCAAGUAAUGAGGAGUGAGAUACUUCCCUCAGCCCUGGGGGAAGAGGGCCCCUUGUCCUUCAGCUGCUGGUAUAAGUUCCAGCCUCCCAGCCUCAGCCCAGAACACGCAGCUUCUCACACCAUGAGGUUCGGCCACCUCCUUGCCCUUUGCCUCACCCUCUGCCUGCUGGGCACGGCCAGCUCAGGAAAGGCCUCAGCUAGUCUCAGGCAAGAGGCUUCGCAGGAGUCGUCCCAGACUCUCCCUGCCCUGUGCCAGCUCCCCCCAGAGAGGGGCCCCUGCAAAGCCUUCCUGCGCCGGUACUCCUACAACUCGACGUCCAGGGAGUGUGAGUGCUUCAUCUAUGGUGGCUGUCAGGGCAAUGCCAACAAUUUCGAGACCAUGGAGAUCUGUCUGAGGGUCUGCACACCCCCGGAGACCCGAGUGAACAGCAGCUGAAGAUGACAGCGCACAGUCCCAGGCCUUGAUGGAAAGCUGCCACUCCUACGAGACAACCCCCUUCUGAGCCCAUCCUGGGACCCUCCAGGACUGGGUCAAUAAAGCAUUCAAAGUUGACAUGGCCUGAAGCCUUCCUACAGGGGCCCUGGGCCUGUCCCCCAAAAUUGCUCACGGCCACCAGGGCAAUCAAACCAGUGUUACCCUACCCCUACCUCCUUCAAGCCCUCACUGUCCUGUGUCCCCAAAAUAAAGGACAAAGGACACAAGGUCCUCUAUCACCAGGGGGUCCUCAUGGAAGCCAGGCUGAAUGGAAAUUUGGGGACCUUGCAUGUCUGUCCCCAGACCUUGGCCUGCUGUUCUCUCCUGCUCGGGGCUCCAGGAUGAGCUGGAAGGUUCUUCCUGUCCAGCAGGGGCCAUGUCCUGGAGGAGUGUGGAGAUGGGUGGAAAUUCAGGGACUCUUGGUCAGCCAGGGUGGCA